AUGUCACGUCUUCCGCGCCUCACCAACAUCCUCCCCCUGCUCCUGCUCUACCUCACCACCACCUCCGCUUUCCACUUCACCUUCCCCACCUCCUCCAACUACUGGGUCUCGUGCGGUUGGAACAACAUGACCUGGCAAUCCGACGCUUCAGAUCCCCGUGUCGUCACCAUCAUGCUCACCAAUACCAACAAGACCUUGCUCAACGACGAUUUCGAAAUCGGCAAUGCACUGCAGGGUGGUGAGAAUGCUGCCAUGGUGUAUAUUCCGUGCUUGGCCGCUUCGAGUGGAUACUCGUUGAUGUUCGUCAAUGCUAGCCAGUAUGAUCAUAAGAGUAAGUUUGGGGAACUUUUAGAAGCAGAAGGGCAAGAGUUGAUGCUGAUUUCGAAAUGGCUGCUUUUGGGGCGAGAAACAGAAGAUAAAGUGUUGUACACCUCAUCGUCUUUCAACAUCAAACCGAAGGGUGCGAAGCCAGACCCAGCUUCAGGUCAAUCUGACAUCCCGGGCGAGGUUCAACCGUACCUAAACACUCCUGGAAUCGUCCUUCCGCCGCCGGCAAAGCCAGACGAAGUCACCAACACAACCGCCAACGCGAACAACAAAGACGCACCACUCCCUAGAUUGGAUGGCUCUUCCGCUUCGUUUGGCACUUUCAACCCCGUACAGCAGCACAACGGCUGUGCAGCUGGUUUGGGCAUGUGGGGUGAUUUCGUCUUCGUUGUAGUCGUUGCGGCUUUCACUGUUCUCGUCGUCACUGCGUGA